UCUAAAAUGCUUACUUGCUGGCUUAUCAGCGAAGCCGGAAAUCAUGAACCUCUACCACUCCCUCACUAUCAAAGGGUUACGUUGGGUCGAGGUCCAGAGACGACUAUUAAAGAUAAAAAAUGUUCUAGACAUCAAGUUGAACUGAAGGCAGAUUGCAACAAGGGAUAUGUCAAAGUUAAACAGCUGGGUGCAAACCCCACCUUUGUUGACACUGUUGAGGUGGGCAAAGGCAUGGAGGUCAAGAUGGAGCCCGGGCAGCAGCUUCAUAUUGUCAACCAGCUCUACCCCUACACUGUAUAUUUCAUGGAGGACCACUCAGGAGAACCGCCACCUGCCAAGAGACCGCGUGAACCCUCCUCGGUGGAGGCAGCUGACAGUAAAGGGGCAUCAAACGUUAAAGUAGCGAAACAGGCUAACCACACGCCGUCGUCAGGCAGAGAGUCUGCUACGUCCAACAAUGAAAAACCUGGAAUAUGGAGCAAUGGCCUCAAGGCCACCAUGCAGGACCCUAAAAUGCAGGUUUACAAGGACGACAAGGUGGUGGUGAUCAAAGAUAAGUAUCCCAAGGCCCGCUACCACUGGCUGGUCCUGCCCUGGGAGUCCAUCCCUAACAUGAAGGCCCUGCGUGGGGAGGAGCACUGUGACCUGCUGAGACACAUGCAGCAGGUGGGGCAGCGUAUGGUCGCACAGUGCAAGGACGCCCCCGCUCUGCGCUUCCGGAGCGGCUACCACGCCAUUCCCAGUAUGAGCCACAUUCACCUGCAUGUCAUCAGCCAAGACUUUGACUCCCCUGCCCUGAAGAACAAGAAGCACUGGAACUCCUUCACAACUGAUUACUUCAUUGAUUCUCAAGAUGUGAUCCAGAUGCUUGAGAAGACUGGAAAGGUCACAGUAAAAGAAGGAACCAGUGAGUUGUUGAAGCUUCCGCUGCGCUGCCACGUGUGUCAUAAAGAGCUGGCCACUAUUCCCAGUCUGAAGGAACACCUCAAGACUCACAUUUCCGUCUAAAAACACUUCAUAGGCCUACAGUCAUGCAGGCCCACAGUUCCAAAAAAUAAGCCCUAUGGUUGUAAAAAUAUAUUUUUUUUCUUUUUUUUUCUAAUGUUAUAACUGGUUCUGAGAAAAUCAGGGAUAUUGAGAGCUUGAACGUUCAACACUAAUUUGGUAUUUUUUCUAUUAUUAACUAUUAAUGUUAAUAAUAUAUAAAGUUAAGCUCUCCUUCUGAUGCUAAGGCACCUAUGAGACCAUGUUAGGCAUGUUUAUAUAUUCUGAGAUAUUUGAUUAUGUUUUUGUGUGAUCAAACCUGAGCAUCUUGUAGUUUUACGCUCAAACAGUGGAAGUCUGCACUACUACUGGAAACUACUUAAAACCCUGUUUUACAAAUAAAAUAGUGGACAUGUUUUAACAGUCCCCCUUACAAGCA